AAGGGGCCGGGUGGCGUCUGGUCACUUAUAUAACCUGUGGGCAUAUAUAGGGCACCUGGCCCAGGACUCACCUGCCCGCGCGCUCUCAGGAUGAAGAAGGUGGUGGGCCCGGACCCUUCCCUGGUCUACAGACCUGAGGUGGACCCAGAGGCAGCUGAGGACAAGGGCGGCUUCCGGAACUACACCUCGGGCCCCCUCCUGGACCGCGUCUUCGCCACCUACAAGCUCAUGCACACGCACCAGACCGUGGACUUCGUCAGGAGGAAGCACGCCCAGUUCGGGGGCUUCUCCUACAAGAAGAUGACGGUCAUGGAGGCUGUGGACAUGCUGGAUGAGCUGGUGGACGAGUCAGACCCGGACGUGGACUUCCCCAACUCCUUCCAUGCCUUCCAGACGGCGGAGGGCAUCCGGAAGGCCCACCCGGACGAGGGUGCGGCCCACCUGCCCGGCGGCGGCGACUGGUUCCACCUCGUUGGGCUCCUGCACGACCUGGGCAAGGUCCUGGCUCUGUUCGGGGAGCCCCAGUGGGCGGUUGUUGGAGACACCUUCCCAGUUGGAUGCCGCCCCCAGGCCUCCGUGGUUUUCCGUGACUCCACCUUCCAGGACAAUCCCGACCUCCAGGACCCCCGAUACAGCACCGAACUGGGCAUGUACCAGCCCCACUGCGGGCUCGACAAAGUCCUCAUGUCCUGGGGCCAUGACGAGUACAUGUACCAGAUGAUGAAGUUCAACAAGUUCUCCCUGCCCUCGGAGGCUUUCUACAUGGUCCGGUUCCACUCCUUCUACCCCUGGCACUCCCGGGGCGACUACCGGCAGCUGUGCAGCCAGCAGGACCUGGACAUGCUGCCCUGGGUGCAGAAGUUCAACCAGUUUGACCUCUACACCAAGAGCCCCGACCUGCCGGACGUGGACAAGCUGCGGCCCUACUACCAGGGGCUCAUUGACAAGUACUGCCCCGGCGUCCUGUGCUGGUGACCGCCCACCUGUCCCCCACCACCGCUGCACCCCACGCUGGCUCUGUCCCCAGGGUCUGGCCCUGGGGGGAGACAACACCCUCAGACUCAGCAACGACCCACCUCAGCCUCACGGGGGGAGGGACCUGCUCACUCUCAUGGGGGGACCCCCUCACCCUCACGGGGGGACCCCCUCACCCACCUGCAGUCGCCGCCCCUCACGGACACUGGAGCCCGGCAGCAAUAAAGAGCUUGAAGGAGCUGUU